ACCUUUGACCCCUACGCGGCGGCCGUCUUCACUCCGGCGAACCAGGGGUGGCCUGGGUUUGCGCUGGUUUUGGGUCCGUGCCGUGGCCGGUGGACUCACAGCCGCACAAUGAGCGCUGGGCCGACGGUAAACAAGGCCGGUGAAAAUAAAUAUCCUCAUCUUUCGGCUCCGAAGGUGUUACAUUGAUGAUUUGAGUGCAUUCUGCCCAGACUCUGGGGGAGAAACUUCCCUUGUUGCCGAGCCCGGACUUACCUGAAAGAUACUUUUAGUCCAGGUGAACAAUAAUCUAAAAUGGAACAAAAAGAAUACAAAGAAGCCUUUGUCAGUAACCUGAAUGGUACUACUCUGACUGAGAAUUCAGUGGCUUUGAUUUCAUGUGCAUUAUGUGUUGUCUACCGAGGACUGGUUUUAAUAUAUUUCUUUGGAGGAGCCACAGAAUCGGUGUGGAGAAAAUUCCUGUUCAUCGACUUUGUUUUACUGGUGGUCCCACCUGUAUUCUACUGCACUGUUUUGUCGGAUGUGUUUCACUGGAUAGUACUGGGUCUAGUAGCUGUUUUGGUGAUAUCUAUAUUUCAGGUAUACUGUCAGAGAAAAAGGAGUACUCAUCAGAACUUCAAAAAAGUCAUGGCAGGUUUUUUGGAAACCAGUCUGGAUAUGGAUCAUAUUCCAUUUGUCACCUUGUAUCGAGUAUAUGUUAACAUACUGACUAGCAUCUGCAUUCUAGCUGUGGACUUUCCAAUAUUUCCAAGACGUCUUGCUAAAGCUGAAACGUAUGGCACUGGGUAUAUGGAUUUUGGUACAGCAGCUUUUGUAUUUUCAAAUGCACUUGUUUCUCCUGAGGCGAGACAGAGGAACAAAAUUGUAUCACAUUCUAAAUUAGUUUCUGCAGUGAAACAGAUAUUAGCAGUCUGGCCGUUAGUUUUCUUGGGAUUAGCUCGUCUAAUUAGUGUUAAGACUGUGAGUUAUCAUGAGCAUGUCUCUGAAUAUGGUUUGCACUGGAAUUUCUUUUUCACACUAGCAAUAGUUAGGAUCCUAUCAUCUUUUAUUUUGAUAUUAUGUCCUGUAAGAAGAUCAUGGAUUCUGUCAUGUGGCAUUGCUAUAUGUUAUCAAUUACUCCUUGAAACAACAGAUUUGAAACAAUUCAUAUUACAUGGCAGUGAUGGCAAGGAUACCAGGGAUGGGUUCAUUAACGCUAAUAGAGAAGGACUCUUUUCAAUGUUUGGAUAUGUAUCUAUUUACAUGGCUGGUGUUCAGACUGGCAUUUUUAUUAUGAAGAAGAGGAUGUUGGUAAUAGACUGGAUAAAAAUUCAGGGUUGCCUUGCAGUGAGCACGUUGCUGUUAUUGUUACUGUUGCAUGUGUGUGAGGUACUCACAGAACCUGUAUCGCGCCGGUUGGCGAAUCUCAGUUACGUCAUAUGGGCAGUUGAGCAGAAUUUAUUUUUUAUCAGUGUGAAAAUGCUUGCUGAUUUAGUGCUGGUAUUUGUCAAAUUUCUGUCAGGGAUGACUAACGUGCCAUGUUCGUGGAACAUUUUACCGGAUUCUGCCCAACACAGAAAAGAAAGGACUUUGUUAAAAAACAAUGUUGUGGAAAAAGUAGAUAAAACCACAAUACGUUUCUGUCUUAUCGAUGCCAUAAACAGAAACCAACUCCUGUUUUUCCUGCAAUCUAAUGUUUUGACAGGUUUGGUGAAUCUUACCCUCGAUACUGUUCAUACCAACACAUUUAUUUCCCUAUUUGUACUGUUGGUUUAUACAUUAUGCAAUUGUAUCUUUGUAUAUAUUUUGCAUAUCAAUGACAUUACUUUAAAGUUCUGGUGAUUUACAA